AUUGGAUUGUCCCUUUAUCAAGCAAGGCACCUUCAUUCCAACAGCAACUCUGAUUGCUUUCCAUGUCGUCGACAAGGAGGACCUCCAAUUCUUUGUCUGUUUAAUCUUCACAGUCCAUUGUCAUAUAAGUACUCACCCUUACUUUCUGUGUUCUUUUAACAUUACCCGCGGCGUCCUUCGUCCGCAACUUCAUCAUGGUUCUCAAAUCCAUGAUUCCGUCCCCGAGACGAUGGGCCGCCCUUGUCUCCUUCUGCCUCGCACCAGCUUUAGCCGUCGCUGUAAACGAUGCGACCACAACAAAAGCUGCAGCUGCCGACUACUAUGUUCGCGAUCUUCCGGGCUUGCCCACUGAUGGGCCCGAUGUCAAGAUGCAUGCUGGUCAUAUCGAAGUCACCCCAGAUACGCAUGGGAACUUGUUCUUUUGGCAUUUUGAAAACCAACACAUCGCCGAUAGACAACGGACUGUUAUUUGGAUCAAUGGUGGACCAGGCUGCAGUUCAGAAGAUGGCUCCAUGAUGGAAAUUGGCCCCUAUCGGCUCAAGGAUCAAGACCAUUUGGUCUACAACAAUGGCUCGUGGAACGAAUUCGCCAACCUGCUGUUUGUCGAUAACCCUGUAGGCACCGGCUUCAGCUCGGUCGACACCAAUAACUAUAUACACGAACUUAAGGAAAUGGCGGAUCAAUUUGUCAAAUUCCUUGAGAAGUGGUUCGCUCUCUUUCCCCAGUAUGAUCGCGACGAUAUAUACAUUGCAGGCGAGUCUUACGCCGGACAGCAUAUCCCCUACAUCGCUAGGGCUAUUCUCGAUCGCAAUAUGAAGAAUCCUACAGCCGCAUGGAGCCUGAAAGGGCUGUUGAUCGGCAAUGGCUGGAUCGACCCAAUCGAGCAGUAUCCCGCUUACAUUACAUAUGCCAUUCAGAAGGGUCUGAUCAAGAAGGACUCCGACGAGCACAAGCAACUGCAAGGCGAUCUGCGCAAUUGUGAGAGAAUGAUGGCCUCGGAUGUUGGUCAUGUGGAUUACGGCGAAUGCGAAGCUAUCUUGUCAAACAUGCUCAGGCUAACCAAGAACGGUGACGGCGAUAAUGCAUGCGUUAACAUGUACGAUGUGCGACUGAAAGAUUCAUACCCCAGCUGUGGCAUGAACUGGCCUCCGGAUCUGGUGCACCUAACUCCUUACUUGAGAAAGCCCGAGGUUACGAAAGCCCUUCACGUCGAUGGCAUUAAGAAAUCUGUCGGUUGGACCGAGUGUAACGGUGCUGUUGGAGGCGCCUUCAACGCAAGGAAGUCUAAACCCUCGGUUGAUCUCUUGCCCGCUCUCCUUAAGGAAGUCCCCAUCAUGCUCUUCUCCGGAGCCGAAGAUCUCAUUUGCAAUCACAUUGGAACCGAAAACAUGAUUAGCAAGAUGGAGUGGAACGGUGGGAAGGGUUUCGAAGUAACACCCGGUAACUGGGCUCCUCGGCGUGACUGGACUUUUGAGGACGAGGCAGCUGGUUUCUGGCAAGAGGCCCGGAACUUAACAUAUGUUCUUGUCUAUAACUCUUCCCACAUGGUCCCUUUCGACCUUCCACGACGAAGCCGAGAUAUGCUGGACCGCUUCAUGGGCGUUGAUAUCAGCAGAGUUGGUGGCGACCCUGCUGACAGUCGCAUCGAUGGCGAGAAGGGGCCAAAGACCAGUGUUGGCGAUGCUAAGAACAGUACCAAGACCGCUGACGAGGAACACCAAAAGCAGCUGGAUGAGGCUAAGUGGGCAGCAUACUACAAGUCUGGCGAAAUUGUCCUGGUCAUCGUCGUCAUUGGUGUCAUCGUCUGGGGAUACUGGAUCUGGCGUGAACGUCGCAGGGGCGCUGCCUAUUCUGCUUUGGCUGAUCACGAUCUUUCCAGCCGACCCAACGGCCAUCGAGCCAAGUCACAGCCUGGUGAUCUUGAGUCGGCGGCUUUUGAUGAAAGCGAACUAGACGAUUUGCAUGUAACAACACCGGGAACUAGCAACAGUGCUAGGUUUCCAGCGAAUCAUGACAGUAGCGAAAAGUUUGUCACCAAGUACGCCGAAUAAUGGAAAACCAGCGGUCAUGGAUGGGCCUCGUUUCUACCUGGACAAGAUUCUUCUGGUUGUAUAAUUUAGCUGGCGCCCUGGUUCUUUUGCAUAAAGUGGUUGGUUGUGUCACAAUUGGGAGGUCUGGCGUUUUCCUUAUAUUCAUUAUCGCGAAUCAAGUCAAUUUUUGUCAUCAUCUAAGUUGGUAAUCCUACGCCGACAAACUCCGUAUCUAGAUCAGAGCCCUCCGUGAAACCUUGCCCCGAGAUCCUUGUGACUUGCAGCCUGUGUAUCGUGUUCCAUGUUCCAAAGCAAACAAUCCACCUAUCAAGUAAAGCUUGUAUUUACGCCUGCAGUGCUGCGCCGUCGUUGUCCAUGAAGAGAGAAAGAUUGUAUAAGUCAAAGUUUAGAGUUGCACAUCGUUAUUGAGCAGGCGAACUUCUUCGCCUGGCUUGAAGGGAGGAAGGCCAAUAUAAGGGCAUCCGUCACAACGGAAAGCGUCGCCAAGGGAACAGUUGCCGCAUGAGCCGACCUUACCUUGCACGGUGAAGUCGAUCUCGGCCAGGUCGUCUGUUGCCAGCUUAAUGCUCUCAAGUUUCUUGUCGGCGGUUGCGCGUUUGUCGGCGUCUUCGGCAGCAAGACGUUCGGCCAAACCACAGGUGCAGUCCUUGCAGGCCCGACGACGUUUGCCAGCCUUGGGUUGACAUUCGGCAGCUAGUAUGUUGUCAGGAUCGUAUUCGACUACGGAAGCACUUGCAGGGGUUACCUACGGAUAUUGAUGGGUCUCGCGAGAUCCGCUUCAGUCAUGAGAGUAUCCUCAUCAAUUAGGUCGUCGUCGUCAAGGUCGUCCUCAAGAUCGAUGAAGCCGACGCCGGCGGGGACGACUGGUUUCGAUUUCGCCUCAGCGGGCUUCCUCUUCAGAUUUAGAGGAACAGAGCCAUCGGCGAGAGGAGCGGGCUGGGAUUUCUUCUUGCCAAACUUCAGAGUAAUGGCUCCGUCAUUCUCGCCGUAGUCGGGUUUCUCAAAGCCACCCCGCGAUGAUAUCAACCCGGCCAAAACCGCUUCCUUUGACAAAGUGGACUCCUCCAGGCUGUUGCCAUCUUGAGACUGUAGGCGACCGCUAGGCUUGAGGGACUCGGCGACAGGACCAAGGACAGUUCGGUUCAUCAAAGCGAGGGAUUCGCCCAGCAUAGAAGAGGCAUCGGAUAGGACCAAGACAAGAUCGUAGGUGGAAGGAGGUAGUGUGACCAAUCCUAAGGAGAGACGGUCAAGCAUCUGGAGAUCGGUGACGGAGCGAUCAUAAUCGGCGAGGACGGAUGUGAGGGCGUCGGAAUUGGAAGCAAGAGAAGGAGGCGCCAGAAGAAGGGUUCGCUUGGGUGGCGAGGUAGAUUGGACAGACUUUGUGACAGGCAUGACGAAGUCGUCACUGGGAUCGAUCAUGAGGGUCGCGGGCGCCAUGGCGAAUGAAUACACAGCAGAAAGGCAAAAGCAAUAAGGAGGAGGGAACAAGAGAGUAGAGAGAGAUGAGGGACAGGACGUUUUUAAGAUCUCUAAGGUGAUGUUAGACCCAGACUUUUUGACUCGGCGGUCGCUGGUGUCCUGGAUUAGUCAAAGAACGGCAGUACCGUGCACGGCCAGCAUGAACUGUGCAAUAUGCCCUAGUAUACGAGGGACUGUACCGUGUGGCCUGACUAUCAGAUGAACGGUACUGCAUCUGAUAUCAGGGUUGCGGGGUCA